GUAUGUAAACUAUCUUCAAGCCCACUCCCGUGUCGAGGCCGAUCCCAAAACUUACAUAAAUCUACAAUGAAGUCCCCGAAUCGUCACUCUCUGCAACUGUCUAAUCACUCGUAGUCGUAUGAAAGCUAUGAGCCAACAGAAAACUCUUCUUAACCCGUACUGUCACUGAGUUCUUUGGCCUAGGCAUUGCUAUAUAAUGGGUGAUUUUGCAAUUCAUAUUAGUGCAAACCUUGUCAAUCGACUUGCUGAGGAUGGUCAGAAGUUGAAGAAGAAAACAAAGAACACUAAAACUAAGACAUUACAUGAACCUCAGCUGUCCCAAAUUAAGGUAAAUCAGAAGCAAAUAUUGGAUGACUCUAAAACACACCAGGGGAAUGUGGCUCCUGAAUGGCCUCUUCAGCCUCUGUUAUUCAUGCCAGUAAAUCUAUCUGCACAGUAUGGGGAAUUAGAUGCUAUCAGAUCUGUUCUUCAAGACAGUGAGAGGGUUUUGGAAAAGUUACACAAGCAGGAAGAGAACAUGGUGCAGGAAGUAACAGAAAGAGCAAAACAUCUCCAUGAUCAGGAAUUUCAGCUUCCUUACCAGAAACCUUUACCCUGUUUGGCAGAGAAAGAUGCUUGUGAGGCUUGUUACAAGAACUUUGUCAAGGAUCCCCUGAAAUGUAGCCAGGUGCUUAGAAGUUAUGCAGAUUGCUCCCGUAAAGCUAGGCAGCUAGUAAAUGCUGCAGAUAAGUAGAGUCGAUGGAAAUUUCUAAGUCAUUUAUGUAAGCACAAGCUAAUUGUCUUUUUGAGCAACACUUGGAUUUUUGCUGUGAAAUCAAACAAAACACUAAUUUGUUGUCACCA